AUGUCAGGCCACAUCGUGUACAAUGGUGUGUCUCGCACGGCUAAUGACGACGAUGACAAUCGCCCUCGCGCGAGUCUGUUCGCGGGGCAGAAGCUAUGGUUCGCUCACAGAAUGCCCCUGCGGGACGACAUGAUGAAGAAUGCUAGAUGCAAUGGCGCCGUCAUUGUUGAUCGAGACACCGACGCCGACGUCAGGCUUGUCGACCACCUCAGGAAGAACAACGCGCCAGGCACCUACUCGUACAGAUACGUCGAGCUCUCUCUUCGCAAGGGCCAACUCGAGAAUCUUGCCGACCAUGCUGUCGGGGCACCGUCACGAGUCUCACGACCUGUCGGCAGUACUGUCACAGCCCCAAGGGCAGCAAGGAUACCUUUCACUCCGGAGGACGAUCAGUUCCUGUGGGAUUGGAUGAAACCGUUCGUGGACAGGGGAGGAGCCUGGAAAGGAAAUGAGAUUUACAAGCAGAUAGAAGAGGCUAAUCCAAGACAUACAUUCCAGAGUUGGCGUGAUAGGUGGAUUAAGCACACUCGGUUUCAGGAGAGAAAGGUCAGCCAGACUGUUGCACCGAGAACGCCGCGUGGGGACGAACCUGCAAUGCCACAGUCACACUCUUCGCCAGAGAAGAAGCGUCGACGAGAAGUGCACGAUGACGGGGAGAAGGAACGCGCCAGACCCGAGGGUGGAAUGAGUCAAUUGACGACAGCUACAGAAGGCAGAGGUGCCGACAGGCUGCCUGAGGUUGCAACUACAGAUGAGGAAGCAAGGCUCACUAUGCCCACUUCUCCGGAGAGACCCAAACACGCCGAUGGAUCGCAAUCUGAUAGCAAACAGGCACAGUCUUCGACAAACGCACUGCCUGAAUUGCCCAAAUCGUUCACCAAAGACGAAUACGACGAGCUUUACCAAAUGGUUGCAACGUAUGCUGGCCAAGAAUUCGAUGAUUUCUAUACGCCGUGGCGGAUGGUGGCGCAAGAACGUGGUACGCACACGGCGGCAGAAUGGCAGCGUUUUUACAUCUCAAGGGUCGUGCCUGAUUAUUGCAGAAAUACUGGGCUAACCUUGUCACAAGCUGCUCCUUAUUUGUCCGAAAAAUCUGAAAAACACGCUGUUCCUACAUUUGAACCGGUUGCGGAACACGACCAAGCAACAUCUGCCUCGUCUGAAACCGAACAUUACCGAUGUACAAACUGCUUUACAGAUAAAACUGUCAAGUGGCGACACGAUCAGGAAGGCAAACUCAUUUGCUAUGAAUGUGCGCAGUUUGUGAGGCGGCAUGGCCAUCACCGGCCGUCGACGAGAUGGUCAAUUGGUGAAAACGUUGUCAACACAGACGGACCAAACGCAAGACCACCCCCAAGUACAGAGGACCAGAACAAUUCCGGCACACAAACUGUCAUUCCGCAAGACACCAGUUUCGUAAGCAGCGGAAAGCAGAAUCAUUCGUUGGCCGGAGAAGGCAGCGCCAACCUUCCAACGCCUCCCUUGUUUCAGCCGGAUCCUUCCACCACAAGUCGUCCACCUGGUCCUAACGAGUCAAGGAAGCGGCGUGUUGGACAAAGUACACAGUCGCAGUCUACACAAGAAUCAAACCGCUCCGCCACUCAGAGUCAGACCGUGGACUGCAGUCUGCCAGGGGAAAGUCAAAGUCAAACGGUACAGUCGCAAAGUCUGGCAGCAGAGACGGGAGAAGCUCAGUUGAAGGAGAGCGACUCGCAGAUUACGCGAUCAACAUUGACCGAGGCGGGUGUAUCUCUAAAAGCCACUCCGCCAAUAGCGAAAGGGAUGCAGCUGCAAGAUGGACUUGGAGACGCGAGUGCUCGGAAACACGCCUCAAUCGACACCGAGAAUGGAGCACACAGGCCAUCGCGAACCUUUUCCAUUGCAGAAUCAGAUUUGGACAACCAAGUCUCGCAUUUCACGGCUUCAUAUAACCCACCAAAGCGUGUACGAACCCAUCGUAACGACUCGCCACUAUUUUUCCCAGAACAUGACAAUAAUGAUGAAGAGGCAGAGCUCAGCCGUUCCGUUUCCUCAUUUCGACACCAGGCGUCUGAACAGUUUGAGACUGCCCAAGAGUCUGUUCAGGAAUACGGGACAGGGCCGGAAGAACAGUCGCAGGUGCAGACCGAACUUACUUGUGAAAAUGCCAUGAGCCUUGGAGAAAUAGGCCAGUCCGACGACAGUCAGGAUUACCCGGAGGUUCCUAUCAAACUGGAAAGCCACCGCUUUCUUGGAUCUCCUCCCAUGCUCUUGCCAUCAUCACCUGGCUCUGGAGACGUGCCACGUCCCUCGGAAAAUGCCAAGGGGAAACAGAAACAAGUUGAAGAGCAAAGGAGCGAGCAAGGACGAGCUAGGGAGAGCUCGUCGCCCGAACCUGACGGUCAUGAAACGGACGAAUGGAUCGCCCUUCAACGGAGCCUGCACCCACAUGUCCGAAACCUGGAACCCGUGCUGUUUAAAGCCAUCGAGUCGACCAGCUUCGAUUUCAGACGUGCAAGCGAGGUUGUGGAUAUCAUGCUAGCUAAUCGUCGUCAUCUCAUAACCGAGCAGCGGAGGCCGAACUGGGCGAACGGCGUCGGAAGGUCUGCUAGUUUCGCAGAGGCUGACCUGGAGAUGGAGAGUCUGCUUCCACAGGCUAUGCGGGGCGUGUGGACCGAGACCGACGACUCUCUCCUUCUAAGUCCAAACGCAAGCGAUGUGGACAAAGUGUUGAGGAAACAUGGCCGUGACGGAUGUGAUGCUCGCUUCGUGUUUCUAGCGGAGUUCGUGGAAGGGUGA